ACAAUUUCCAAUCAGCGUAUAACUGCAUGCGAAACCAAGUAGUAGUGUACGCUGAUAGUACUGAUUUCACUAAUUUACAAUUUUAUAUUUAUUUAAAUUAAUACUCUGGUCCAAAUAGUAAUUUUAUCGAUACUUUACAGCAUUAUAAACCUUCAUUAUUAAAUAAUUAAGUACACUUUUUACAUUGAAAACUAAUAAACUUUUUAUUUUCCCAAUUACCCACAUUAUUGCAAAUUAAGAAUAAAACAAAAUGUUGGCAAAACGUCAAAAGAUGGACAUUACAAGGAGCUUCCAAAGUUAUGCCUGGUGCAAGGCAGACUGGUGCUACCCUAGUAUGAGCAAGGAGACCAACGAGUUGCUGCGACAGUGCGCGGACCUGCCUCCUGUGCAGCUGUCCGAUGAUAUUGAGGAACUCAUCAACAAGAGCAAAGCCUUCCCCAUACCGUUCCCCAUUCAGACCGUCAGAUUAGAAAAGCUCAAAGCGCGACGAUCUAUAGACAAACUGAAGAAGAAUAUUGUCUCCACGUACCCACUCCUACAUGAACGAGUACUACUUCUCAUUACACACUUCCUCAUAUACAAAAGAGAGUACGGCAGUAGUAUAGAGAAGGAGUUGUACAAGGAUAUGAGCGUGGUACAGUUUAUAGACAGACUGCUCAAGAAGAGAGCCGUCAACUUUAUGGGAGCCGCCGACUCUUACCUGCUACUGUCCGGAGAGAAAGGAUCGUUAUUGGACGGGUUGUCGCCGAAAGAACUUAAAAAUAUACGCUCCAGUCUAUUGCGUAGUUCGGACGGCUGGGAGAGUGUAGGCACAGUGAACCAGAAGGCUCCGCUACUGUUGGAGAACUGUCUGAGUUACGACGAGAUGAAGGUUUCGGCUCUAGUGUACGUCAGUGGACACACCGAGUGUAUCAACGCGGGGGAGCGACGCAACUCCGGCGUUGUUAGAGAAGAUAAUAUUGAGACUGAGGCUGUUAUUAUAGGUACAAUAGGUCCUCGCUUCCAGCGCGAGUUCCGAAUGGACUGCGAGGACAUCCUAGUGACGGCGGAGCAGAACGUGCCGGAGCAAGGGUACGGGGAGGAGGUCACUCCCACGACGUGCCUCAACGUGUUGAAGAAUACGUACGUCAGGAACAACGCGUCCGGCAGACAUAUGUGGAGACAGAUGUGGGCUGAGUUCUACCAGGUACACAGCUACACAUACGAGGAACUAACAGGAUAUAUAAGUGUGAGCAAUACAAAGGACGCUCAGAAGAAGUACACAGACCGCUACGUGAAGUUGUCGCGACCGAACCAUAUCUUCGACAAUGAAGUGUACUACAAGCGACUCUCUAUCAUCGCUGACACAGUACUCAUUGAAGCUGACCACCGAGCGAAGUUGGAGAAUAAAAUGGCCUACGUCAAUGUUAUUGGUUGUGCGAUGUUCUCAAACACGGGUUCGGGUAAGACGGCUGAGUAUAAAACCUUCUUCGAGAACAAGAAACAUCCAAAAGGCGGCAUCAACGUGACGAUAAAGACACGCGAGCCGUCGUCCAAGUUGGUCGGCGAGGACGCGGGCAAGUUGUUAGUGUUGACGUAUCCGUGGGACGGGAACGCACAUCCCGGGAACGAAUUCUGGCUGGGCAGUGUGACGGGGUCCGGCGACCCCGCGGCGGCGUGCUCCACGCAGGUGGCCGAGCUGCACAACGCUCACGUCAACGGCGCCGUCAGCGGAGCCAACGCGCGCGUCGCCGCGCCCGCCGGCCUCCGCGCCCUGCCCGACCACUGCCGCCUACUGGCCGCCGGCACAUUGUAACCGACCACUUAUUACUAUACACAGUCUUAGUACGAGUUUGUUAACGUUUAAAAUAAUCGUAACGAGUACGCGUUCGGCGCUCAGAGGCCUUAGUA